CCAUUUGUGGCCAAUGAUUUCAGAAGAGCGACAAAACUUUCAAAUGCAACCGUGGAGUUCCAUUUCCUCCACACGCAUAUAAUACAUAUAAGAUUAUUUAUGCAAUACGUAUAUAUAUAUAUGUGUGUGUGUGAAUAUAUUUUCCAAAAUUGCAGGGACUUGAACGUGGUCGCUUGCUUGUCUUCCUCAGCUUAUCAUGAAUUGAGUCAGUCCCUUUUAUAAAAAUUCCCUCAUAAUAACCAAACCUCAGAUAUAUUCGCUUCCAUCUUUAGGGUUAAUCACUGAAACAAGAAAUGUCCUUUACUUUCUGUCAAUUCGUGUUUUCUUGAUUAUUAAGACCAUCGCCACUAUGUUGGAAUCCUUGUCAUGUUGCCAUACUCCCAAGGGAUAUGGCAUCACCAAACAAGCUAGGGCCAUUAUUGGAUACUCCCAUGAUAUUUCGCGCUCUUGUUCACAUUUAUACAGCUCCCUGUAUUUACACAAGGAACGCAUCAGGGUGCCAUUAAAUGCCAUAAGUUAUAGGACAAAUAAUCAAUUUGUGGCCUCAAGAAAUAGUAUUGAGGGCUCAGUUUUAUUGAGUUUCCCAGUAAGCAAUUGUAGAGGAUUCUUUUUUUCCACCAAUUGCUCGAGUCGUUUGAAAAACUUGCGGAUGCAUGUAGGACUAGAUGUUGCCAGUGCUGUUGAUGUGAUCAAUGAUUUAGGACUGGAUACUCUGACAUUUUUAGCGGUGACAGUGCUUGUUGUUCCUGCUUUCAAGAUUCUUAGAGCUAGUCCGGUAAGAAUAUCCCUGAUCUUUUGUUUAUUGGUUUAGGCUUCAGAAUGUUUU